GGUCAGGAGUUCUGGUCGCGGCAGCAGCGGGACGGGUGGUGCGGUGCCUCUGCACACCCCACACCUCCCCGCUCCGCUGGGCCCUGCGCUGAGCCAGACCAGCUGCACCGCCGUGUCCUGACCGAAGGCUCCUGGGAUGGCGUAUGGCAAGCAGCACCCCGAGCCUGGCGACCUGAUCGAGAUCAAGCGACAACUUUACCAGCACUGGGCCCUCUACUUGGGGGAUGGAUAUGUCCUCAACGUGACACCUGUAGAUGAAGGGGCCCCAUCUCUGUUGGUGAGCACUGCCUCAAUAUUUACAAGAAAGGCCAAGGUGAAGAAGCAGCUCCUGAAGGAGGUGGUGGGAAAUAAUGACUGGGAGGUCAACAACAAGUAUGACCGCUCCCGCACCCCCCUCCCAGUGAAGGAGAUCAUCAAGCGUGCUGAGAGCUACAUUGACACGGAGGUGACCUAUGAUGUGCUCGGCAAAAACUGUGAGCACUUUGUGACAAUGCUCCGCUAUGGCGAGAGUGUCUCUGACCAGGCCAAGAUAGCAAUUGGUAGCAUGCUGGCAGUAGGAGCUGCUGCUGUUGUCUCCACUGUCUUGGUGGGCUUGCUCAGGGGCAAAUCCAGAGAGAAGGAGUACUGACAGCUUGUCAGGAAGAGCUCAGAGCAAGGCAGGGAGCCUCUGGCCAUGGAGGGUCACUGCCCAGCCUCUGCCAAAACUGCCAUUGGGCCUACUAACAACAGCUACUCUUGCAAAAAUAACCAAAGCAAAGCAGUAAUAAAAUGUAAAAAACCCAAAAUAAUAUUGCCAUAAAAUCCUCUUCUAUGCAUUUGAAUGAAUUUUUGUGUGUGAGUUACAUACUUCAGCCUUCCUUCUCCCAUCCCUUUAGAAAGAGUAAGUUGAGCAUCACCAUUCAAUGUGACCCCAGCAGCACCAGCCUGUUUGCCAUAUCUGCUUUUUUUUUUUUCAUUGCUUAUGAUGAUGUUUUGGUAGUUUGGGAGCAUUUGCAAGCAAAGUAUCCCUUCCUUCCCUGCCACCCCCCUCCAGUACUUUGCUGAGGACUGGUGCAGGCUUUCUACCCACAUCCUCUUUUUCUCAGCUGACUCCUGUGGGCUCUUUCUGUGUAUAAUGGAUUUUAACCUUAACUUUCUGACACAAUAAAAUAAAAGUCUUCCUGAGCAUG